AUGGCCCCAGAUGCAGUACAAUAUAUAUCUUCUCAGCCAUGAGCAAUAAUAAAAGAAAAGGAAAAUCUAGGCAGCCAGCCUUAGUUUGGCCCCAACAUCUGCCUGCCAUCAGCGAUGGUAUCAAGAGGGUCAGGGCUUCAAGAGUGUUCCACACAUCAAACGAAAGCAGAUCACAGUCAUGAUGAAAUAUCAGAGCCGGAGAGCCACAAAUCAAAUAGUACAAACAAUUCCUGUCUUGUAUCAUCAUCCGAGAGGAGCAGACCUGUCAGCGUUCCGCGGGGUCAGCCGAGGUAAUCGAAGCUGGUGAUUAGGGUAACAGUUUACAAAAAAGGAUCUUGGAGUAUCUUUACCAAAGUUGUGGUACGUACUAUUAUACCUGGCAUUUGCUCUUCCAAAAUUUUUCUGCUGGAGGAGGGCACUCCAAAGCUGAAGCGGAACAUGGCUGCUGGAGCAUUCUUGGCAGACAGUGCGGAGGCUCUAGAACCCGCAGACAGACCCCACCAUGUCGACGUUUCUGUUUCAACUGGAGAACCUUUUUAGAUCCAGUCAAAAAAAAUUAAAGACCAUCUGUUGUUAAUGAAGAAAGUAACUUGGACAGUGAAUGGCCUGAUGUUGCCUACUGAUGUCAAAAGAGGAAAAACCAAGUCUCUGUUUUGUAGUAGAAUGAAGAAACAUACCGAGAAGGCUUCAGUAUCAAUUUGGGCUUUUCAGAAUGGCAAGGGUCAGGAUGGAUGUGAGAUAACAAUUGGUCAGGAUGCACAGACAGAGCCCUAUUCUGUUCGAUCGCAUCGUGCAAAUCAGCCUCUCACUCCUCAGUAUUACAACACUGUAGACCCCACAGGCAUAUGCCGUCAAUUUAAUGGGAUCACUGAAAAAGCAAAGCAGCUGUGA